GGUGCCUACGCCAGCAAUCUCCCCAGCAAGCCCCCGUGGGGUGGGGGGCCUUCAGGUGACAGGGCUGGGGCCACAGGGGCCAGGCGAGGGGCCCACGGCCACACGUCUGCAGCGGGGCCACGGCCGGGCAGCCGCAGGCCACACCCACCGCAGCUUUCGUGGCCAGCGGUUUCCCUGGCCCGUCGCCUCUCUCGGGAAGAGCAAGUGCUAACACUUACUGUCAGCGCUAAUACUUACUGUCAACAGAGAAAGCCGUGGCCCCAGGGGCCGCCAGCCGACACCUGGAAGUGUCCCUGCCCCACGCCUGCUCCUGCCCCGAGCUUCCUUCUGGGGUGUGGGCAGGGCUGGGGCGGGGAGGGUCCCCCUGCUGCGGAUUUGGGACGCUGUUCUCCCUGGACGGCCGUGUCCCCACCUGGGGAAACCAGGCGUGGCCAGGGCUCCGUGAACCUCUUUGGGGGUGGGCAACGGGUGGCCGUCGGCCCCACCUGGUCCUCACCUGCCGAGCCCUCGGGCAGGAGGAUGCUGCUGCCACCGAGAGACACAGACUGUGGCCAGCAGGGGGGAGGCCGGGCCCCACAGAGGGUCUUAGUUUGCAUCUAGGGGGGCUCGCUUGGCUGCACGUCGGGGCCGUGCCCCGGCCAUGGUGUGACGGGCGGGCGGCAGUGGGCGUUUCUCUGGCCAAGUGAUGGAGCCGAAAUUGCCGGCCCAAAGAGGCCCCUGCACCCAGCGGAGACUGAGGAAUGGCAGCGGGCGGAGGGGCUUUGGGGCAGUGGGCGGUGGCCGCCAGGCAGAGAGGCCGGGUGCAGAUGCCCUUCCCAGGGCCCUCAGCCUGGGGUCUCAGCCGCCACCCAGCACUCACCCACCCACCACCGACACCCCGCGGCUGGCUGCCUGACGGCUCUGGUUUUAGGUUUCUGCACAGUCACGCCUGGAUGCCUCCCCAACAAAGCUGGUCUUUGUCCCUCUCCGAGGGACGGGUGGACAGGCCGAGCCCCCUCCUGCAGGCGGCCACCGAGAUGGCCGACGCCCUUUCCCAGUUCUGUUUCCUCCCCCUGCUCGGGGGAGCAGGCGCCAGCCCCCCUCGUCCGCAGAGGCGGCAGGGCCGGUCGCCAGAGCUGGGGUCACUCAGCCCAGUCCCGUCCCGGCUCCCGGUCAGGCCCGGGAGGGGCCACGGUUUCGGGCAGAGCAAGCUUCUGCCCCACCAACCCUUCGGGGCACAGAGACCGCGAACAAGGCCGCGUGGGUGGCGUGGCCGGAGCGUGGCUUCUCACCGACUCCCACCCCUUCUCCCGCAGAGACCCAGACCCCUGCGGAGCCGAGCGUGGGGAGCACAGGGCCCCCCGCGGACAGUCGCAGGGCGGACGGCGGUACGCAGCCCGGGCCCGGGCGGGGGCUCCUGCCCAGGCGGAAGGGGCCGGGCACCGAGUGGGCUGGGGGAUUCCACGUGGCCACGCGCCACUCAGAGCCCCAGGUCCCCGUGGGGCAGUGUGGGCGGCAAGGGGACAGGGUGUCUAAAUGAGAUGAAGGAGCACAGUAGAGAGGCUCACACGCAUGCACACACGUGUGCACACGCAGAUGGAAAGCCCCAGGGCAGGAGGGUCCAGGGUGACAAGCAGGGACAGGACGGCCCAGCCCCAGGCCAGCUCCUUAGUCCUGGGCUCCCCGUCGCCCCGGGGUGGCCGGCGAGGGUGGGGCCAGGGCAGGCGUCCCCAGUGACCUGGACCUUGCCCACAGCCCGCCCCACAUCCUCACCGGCCUGGCACAUGAGCUUCGUCACCCCCGUCACCGUCCUCCCCAGCAGCUCCCUGAACCUGGCACACAACGGCCGGGUCUGCAGCGCCUGGGGCGACUUCCACUACAAGACCUUCGACGGCGCCGUCUUCCGCUUCCCCGGCCUCUGCAACUACGUGUUCUCCGCGCACUGCGGCGCCUCCUACGAGGACUUCAACGUCCAGCUGCGCCGAGGCCUGGCGGGCUCCAAGCCCACCGUCACCCACAUCGUGCUCAAGGCGCCGGGGCUGGUGCUGGAGAUGUCCAACGGCUCCAUCCUCGUGGACGGGCAGCGGGAGGAGCUGCCCUACAGCCGCGCCGGGCUCCUGGUGGAGCGCAGCAGCGAGUACGUCAAGGUGGGCGUCCGGCUGGUGCUGACCUUGCUGUGGGACGGAGAAGACAGCGUCCUGCUGGAGCUGGACCCCAAGUACGCGAACCAGACCUGUGGCCUGUGCGGGGACUUCAACGGCCUCCCAGCCUUCAACGAGUUCUACGCCCACAACGCCAGGCUGAGCCCCCUGCAGUUCGGGAACCUGCAGAAGCUGGACGGGCCCACGGAGCAGUGCCCGGACGCCCAGCCCAAGCCGGCCAGCAACUGCACAGAUGAGGUGAGUGCCCCUGUCCCCAGACACGGGCACGGUCGGGCUGAGGUCGGAGCACGUCCUGGGGGCCCGGACAAGACAGGGCCCGGGCCAGGCCGAGGGUGGGAGCCCAGGAUAGGAAACCUCCCCCGUAGGCUGGGCGGGGAGGACCCACCUGCGGACGUGGCCUGGAAGACCUGGGAUCCCCAGAGCGGCGGGGCCCUGGGCAGGGAGGACGUUCGCCAGGGGGCACCACUGAGCCCGCGGGCCACCUGCCAUGCCCCUUCUCUGAUCCGCCCCCUGGGACGGGUCUGCACCUAUCCGGGGCUCACUCUGGUCAGGCGGGUCCUGGCAGCCUGGGCUGGCACAGCCCAGGGUCGAGGUGCACCCAGAGCUAAGGCAGCCGCGCCCACGGCCGGCCCCAGGUGCACCGUGUUGGGGAGAAGCGGGCGGGGCAGACGGGGGCUGCAGGGGUGGGAGGAGCUUGUGGGCAGGAAGGGGUCCGUCCACACGCACAUGGCGGCUCCCCUGCUGUACCACCAGGAGGGCGUCUGCCGCCGCACCCUGCUGGGGCCAGCCUUCGCGGAGUGCAACGCGCUGGUGGACGCCUCUGCGUACCUGGCUGCCUGCGCCCACGACCUGUGCCGCUGCCCCACCUGCCCGUGCGCCACCUUCGCCGAGUACUCCCGCCAGUGUGCCCACGCAGGGGGCCACCCGCAGAACUGGAGGGGUCCCGACCUCUGCCCCCGGACCUGCCCCCUCAACAUGGAGCACGAGGAGUGCGGCUCGCCCUGCGUGGACACCUGCUCCAACCCCCAGCGCUCGCAGCUCUGCGAGGACCACUGCGUGGACAGCUGCUUCUGCCCCCCAGGCAGGUGCCACCUCCCAGCACCACGGCCCCAGCUGGCGGCCCAGACGCACAGCUACACUCGGGGGUCCCCGGAGCCCAGGCAGGGGGACACUGGCCGCCGAUCAGCAGAGGCAGGGGGACCAGCUGUCAGGAGUCCUGGGGCCCAGGAGGGAAACCAAGGCACAGGGGCAUGGGGGGGUCUCCCCACAGCAGAGGGUCUCAGGGCAGAGGCAGUGGCCUGGUUUGGGGCCCACUUUACAGGAGGCAGCUUGUCCCCCAGGCUGGGUCUCCUCGGGGUACCUCCUGUGCCUCAAUUUCCCCACUUGCGCUCACCCCCUCCCCCAGGCACCGUGCUGGACGACGUCACACACUCGGGCUGCCUGCCCCUGGAGCAGUGCCCCUGCACCCACGGCGGCCGCACCUACGCCCCGGGGGGCUCCUUCACCACCAGCUGCAGCUCCUGCUCCUGCUCCGGGGGGCUGUGGCAGUGCCAGUCCCUGCCGUGCCCCGGCACCUGCUCCGUGCAGGGCGGUGCCCACAUCUCCACCUAUGACGAGAAGCUCUACGACCUGCACGGCGACUGCAGCUACGUGCUGUCCAAGACGUGCGCGGACAACACCUUCACCGUGCUGGCCGAGCUGCGGCAGUGCGGCCUGACCGACAAUGAGAACUGCCUGCGCGCGGUGACGCUGCACCUGGACGGCGGGGACACGGUCAUCCGGAUCCAGGCGGACGGCGGAGUGUUCAUGAACUCCAUCUACACGCAGCUGCCCGUGUCGGCAGCCAGCAUCACCAUCUUCCGACCAUCGAGCUUCUUCCUCGUGGCGCAGGCGGGCGCCGGCCUGCAGCUGCAGGUGCAGCUGGUCCCGCUCAUGCAGGUGUUCGUCCGGCUGGACCCCGCAUACCGCGGCCAGACAUGCGGCCUCUGCGGGAACUUCAACCAGAACCAGGCGGACGACUUCACAGCCCUCAGCGGGGUGGUGGAGGGGACGGGCGCGGCCUUCGCCAACACCUGGAAGACCCAGGCCGCCUGCCCCAACGUCAGGAACAGCUUCGAGGACCCCUGCUCCCUGAGCGUGGAGAACGAGAACUAUGCGCGCCACUGGUGCUCGCGGCUGACCGACCCCGCUGGCGCCCUCUCCCCCUGCCACUCCGUCGUCAACCCCGAGCCCUUCCACUCGAACUGCAUGUUCGACACGUGCAACUGUGAGAGGAGCGAGGACUGCCUGUGCGCCGCCCUGUCCUCCUACGUGCGCGCCUGCGCCGCCAAGGGCGUGCUGCUCCGCGGCUGGAGGGACGGCGUCUGCGCCAAGUACAUGAGCAGCUGCCCCAAGUCCCAGAGCUACGCCUACGUGGUGGACACCUGCCCGCCCACCUGCCGGGCCCUGAGCGAGGUUGACGUCACCUGCAGCGUCUCCUUCGUGCCUGUGGACGGCUGCACCUGCGCCGAGGGCACCUUCCUGGAUGACGCGGGUGCGUGCGUGCCUGCGCGCGAGUGCCCCUGCUACCUCCGCGGCACUGCGGUGGCCCCCGGAGAGGUGGUGCACGACAACGGCGCCGUGUGCUCGUGUGCGAAUGGGAAGCUGAGCUGCCUUGGCGCCGCACUGCCGAGAAGCGCAGGCUGCGUGGCGCCCAUGGUGUACCUGGACUGCCGCAACACCUCCGCGGGCGCCCCGGGGGCCGAGUGCCUCCGCAGCUGCCACUCGCUGGACGUGGACUGCUUCAGCACACACUGCGUGUCCGGCUGCGUCUGCCCCCCAGGGCUGGUGUCAGACGGGGCCGGGGGCUGCGUCGCUGAGGAGGACUGCCCCUGCGUGCACAACGAGGCCUCCUACCGGCCGGGGGACACCAUCAGGGUCGACUGCAACACCUGCACCUGCAGGAACCGCAGGUGGGAGUGCAGCCACCAGCCCUGCCUGGGCACCUGUGUGGCCUAUGGGGACGGCCACUUCAUCACCUUUGACGGCGAGCGCUACAGCUUCGGAGGCAGCUGCGAGUACACCCUGGCCCAGGACUACUGUGGGGGCAAUGCCACCAACGGGACCUUCCGCAUUGUCACCGAGAACGUCCCCUGUGGGACCACUGGCGUCACCUGCUCCAAGGCCAUCAAGCUCUUCGUGGAGAGCUACGAGCUGAUCCUCCGAGAGGGCAGCUUCACGGUGGUAGAGCGAGGGCCGGGCGGGGACCCGCCCUACAAGACCCGCUACAUGGGCAACUUCCUGGUCAUCGAGACCCGCGGCGGGAUGGCCGUGUCCUGGGACCGGAAGACCAGCGUGUUCGUCCGGCUGCGCCAGGAUUACAAGGGCAGGGUCUGCGGGCUGUGCGGGAACUUUGACGACAACGCCGUCAACGACUUCACCACGCGGAGCCAGUCCCUGGCGGGGAACGCCCUGGAGUUCGGGAACAGCUGGAAGUUCUCCCCGAGCUGCCCGGACGCCCUGGCGCCCAAGGACCCCUGCGCCGCCAACCCGUACCGCAAGUCCUGGGCGCAGAAGCAGUGCAGCAUCAUCAACGGCCCCACCUUCGCCGCCUGCCGCUCUCAGGUCGACUCCACCAAGUACUACGAGGCCUGCGUGAGCGACGCGUGCGCCUGCGACUCGGGGGGCGACUGCGAGUGCUUCUGCACGGCCGUGGCCGCCUACGCCCAGGCCUGCCGGGACGCCGGGCUCUGCGUGUCAUGGAGGACCCCGGACGUCUGCCCGCUGUUCUGCGACUACUACAACCCACACGGGGAGUGUGAGUGGCACUACCAGCCCUGCGGGGCCCCCUGCCUGCGCACCUGCCGGAACCCCAGCGGGCGCUGCCUGGUGGACCUGCCCAGCCUGGAAGGCUGCUACCCAGAGUGCCCGCCCAGCAAGCCCUUCUUCAGCGAGGACCAGAUGAGGUGUGUGGCCCAGUGUGGCUGCUACGACGAGGACGGGAGAUACUACGACAUCGGCUGGAGGGUCCCCGUGUCAGAGAACUGCCAGAGCUGCAACUGCACCGCCGCCGGCGUCCAGUGCGCUCACAGCCUUGCGGCCUGCACGUGCACCUACGAGGGCAGGACCUACGGCUACCACGACGUCAUCUACAACACGACGGACGGGCUCGGCGGCUGCCUGAGCGCCAUCUGUGGAGACAACGGCACGAUCGUCCGGAGGGCCGUGGAGUGUCCCGGAACCCCGUCCUCAGCGCCGUUCACCUUCACCACCGUCCCCACGCCCCUCCCCACCACGGGCCCGGUGCCCAGCCUCUCCACCGUGUGUGUCCGCGAGGUCUGCCGCUGGUCCGCCUGGUACGACAGCGGCCGUCCUGAGCCGGGCGAGGAGGGCGGAGACUUUGAAACGCUGGAGCGCCUGUGGCGGAAGGGGUACCAGGUGUGCAGCGCGCCGGCCGACAUCGAGUGCCGGGCGGAGGGGCUGCCCCACACGCCCCUGCGGGAGCUGGGCCAGAAGGUGGUCUGCGACCGCACGCGGGGCCUGACGUGUGCCAACCGCGAGCAGAGCCCCCCGCUCUGCCUCAACUACGAGCUGCGGGUUCUGUGCUGCGACUACGUGCCCUGCGGCCCCUCCCCGGCCCCCGGCACCAGCCCUCGGCCGUCCCUCGGCACCACCACGGAGCCCCCCUCCACCCAGACCAGGGCAACCGAGGGGACCACCCCACAAACGGUGCCCGGCUCCCCGUCGACGGCGGCCCUCACCUCCCAGACCAGGCCCAGCCCGCCCACCGUGACGGUCACCCCCUCGGCCGGCUCCCCGGGCCCAAGUGCCACCACCUGUCAGCCCCGGUGUCAGUGGACGCAGUGGUUUGAUGAGGACUACCCCAAGUCUGAGAGGGCUGGCGGGGACAUCGAAUCCUACGAUAAGAUCAGGGGCGCCGGACGGGACAUCUGCGAGCGGCCGCAGGACAUACAGUGCCAGGCCGAGAACUUCCCCAACUGGACCCUGGAGCAGGUGGGCCAGAAGGUGCACUGCAACGUGCGCUUCGGCCUGGUGUGCUGGAACCACGAGCAGGACGGCAUAUUCAAGAUGUGCUACAACUACAAAAUCCGAGUGCUGUGCUGCAGCUCCGAGCACUGCAGGGGACACACCUCCGCCCUGCCACCGGCCACGACACCAGGGACGGCCACCACAGUCUCCCGGGCCUGGUCCUCAAAGCCGCAGCCCAGGAGUAGCCCAGGGGUGACCUGGACCCCCCCAGCCAGCACCACGGCCGUGACCGUCCUCUCGAAAGGACCGACAUCCCCCAUCUACACGGCUCCUCCAGGCUCCACGCGACCCACCAGCCCAGGGGGGGCCACGUCCAUCCUUCCAAGUCGCCCAACCCAGGCGGGGAGCACAGGGGCCACAGGCCGACGGGGCCCCUCGCAGUCACCCACACCAGCCCCAACCACACAGACCUCGACGGCUCACCUGACGGGCACGGCCAGCACCAAAGAGCCCGUGACCACUGGCCUGGGGCUGACCACACGUCCCAGCCAGCCGCCCACCUCCUACACUGAGACCAGCACCCUGAGGCCAGAGACACCACCCAGCACCUCAGCCGGGACCGCCACCAGCCAGGGCACGACCGGCUGCCAACCCAGGUGUGAGUGGACAGAAUGGUUUGACGUGGACUACCCAAUCUCAGGGGUUGCAGGCGGGGACAUAGAGACCUUAGAAAACAUCAGGGCUGCAGGGGGCAAGCUGUGCGAGGCACCGGUAAAGAUAGAGUGCCGGGCGGAGAACUACCCCGAGGUGAGCAUCGACCAGAUCGGGCAGGUGCUGAUCUGCAGCCUGGAGACGGGAUUGAUCUGCAGGAACAAGGACCAGGUGGGCAGGUUCAACAUGUGCUUCAACUACAAUUUGCGUGUGCUCUGCUGUGACGACUACCGUCACUGUCCCAGCACAGCAGUCCCCACAGGCCCCUCCACCCCAGCCACCACCUCCAUGGCCACCACCAUUCCAGCCACCUCCUCCAUGGGCACCACCAUUCCAGCCACCACCUCCACGGGCACCACCUCCACGGCCACCACCUCCACGGGCACCACUGCCAAAGGAACCACCUCCCUUUCUGCCACCAUCUCCCUGGGCACCACCUCCCCAUCCACCACUUCACUGGCUACCAGGUCAUCUUCGGUGACAAGACCCUCAACCACAGCUACCACCUCCCCUCCAAUCACCCAAAGAGUCAUCUCCACCACCCAGAGGAACCUGAACUUCUCUGUCCCCGGCCCCUCAACCCUGCCGGCCUCCACCACCAGCCCCUUCCACACCACAGGGAAGCCCACCUCUGGGACCCUGACUACGUCCACCAGGCCACCCUUGACCAGCACCCCACACACGGCCCCCCUGCUGACCUCCAGCUCCGGGCGCACCACUGGCACCACCCUCCCCUCCAGCCGUCCCACUCCCAGCAAGGGCUGUGCGCCUCGGUGCGCCUGGACAGACUGGUUCGAUGAGGACUACCCCAUCCCUGGCCCCGAUGGCGGGGACUUUGAGACCUAUGCGGUCAUCCGCGCAGCUGGCCACACCUUCUGUGAGCACCCCCAGGACAUCCAGUGCCGCUCCGAGAAGAAGCCGGACAAGCCCUUGGAGGCGGUGGGGCAGGUGGUGUACUGCGACGUGCGUUUUGGGCUGGUGUGCAGGAACCGCGACCAGCUCGGGCCCGUGAAAUACUGUGACAACUUCCACAUGCGCCUGCUGUGCUGUGAUGACUACAGCCACUGCGCCAGCACACCCACGGCUACCGGCUCCACGGCAACCCCCUCCUCUGCCACCACCUCCCUGGCUACCAGCUCUUCCACCAGCACCUCCUCAGGCAUCACCUCCACGGCGACCACAUCCUCUGCCACCUCCACAGCCACCUCCUCACCAGCCACCACCUCCUCAGCCACCAGCUCUUCCGCCAGCACCUCCUCAGGCAUCACCUCCACGGCGACCACAUCCUCUGCCACCUCCACAGCCACCUCCUCACCAGCCACUACCUCCUCAGCCACCAGCUCUUCCGCCAGCACCUCCUCAGGCAUCACCUCCACGGCGACCACAUCCUCUGCCACCUCCACAGCCACCACCUCCCCGGCUACCAGCUCUUCCGCCAGCACCUCCUCAGGCAUCACCUCCACGGCGACCACAUCCUCUGCCACCUCCACAGCCACCUCCUCACCAGCUACCAGCUCUUCCACCAGCACCUCCUCAGGCAUCACCUCCACGAUGACCACAUCCUCUGCCACCUCCUCACCAGCCACCACCUCACCAGCCACCAGCUCUUCCGCCAGCACCUCCUCAGGCAUCACCUCCAUGGCGACCACAUCCUCUGCCACCUCCACAGCCACCACCUCCCCAGCCACCACCUCGACAGGCACAACCUCCACAGGAUCUAUCUCCCCGGCCACCACUUCCAUGGGCACAACCUCCACAGGUUCCAUCUCCAUAGCCACCAUUUCCAUGGGCACAACGUCCACGGCCACCACCUCCCUGGGUACCACCUCCCCGUCCACCACCUCAUUGGCUACCACGUCAUCUUUGGUGACAGGACCCUCCACUACAGCCACCACCUUCCCUUGGAUCACCAAAACAGUCAACGUCUCCACCACCAAGAGGGGCUUUACCUUCUCCGUCCCCAGUCCCUCUGCCCCGUUGGUCUCCACCACCAGCCCCUUCCACACCACGGGGCAGCUGACCUCUGGGACCCUGACUACGUCCACCAGGCCACCCUUGACCAGCACCCCACACACGGCUCCCCUGCUGACCUCCAGCUCCGGGCACACCGUUGGGACCACCCUCCCCUCCAGCCGUCCCACUCCCAGCAAGGGCUGUGUGCCUCAGUGCGCCUGGACAGAGUGGUACGAUGUAGACUCCCCCAUCCCUGGCCCCGAUGGCGGGGACUUUGAGACCUAUGCGGUCAUCCGAGCAGCUGGCCACACCUUCUGUGAGCACCCCCAGGACAUCGAGUGCCGCUCCGAGAAAGAGCCGGACAAGCCCUUGGAGGCGGUGGGGCAGGUGGUGUACUGCGACGUGCGUUUCGGGCUGGUGUGCAGGAACCGCGACCAGGUGGGACAGUUCAAGCUGUGCCUCAACUACCUCAUCCGUGUGUUCUGCUGCAACUAUAGCCACUGCCUGAGCACCCCGUCCACCACCACAGCGUCUUCCCUAGGGACGAGUCCCACUUGGGCCACCACACUGUCCCCCAGCACCACGGCCCUAUCCCUGCCCACCCCUAACCCCAGGGACCGCAGCACAACCUCCACUGCCGUGCCCACCAGCUGCCAGCCUGCCUGCCACUGGACUGACUGGCUGGACAGUGACCAGCCCCAGCCUGGCCGCUUUGGGGGCGACAUUGAGACCUACUACCACAUCAUGGAUGCGGGCGGGCAGCUGUGCCUGGAGCCCACAGCCAUCGAAUGCGAGGCUGUGCUCUUCCCAGGUGUGUCCCUGGGGCUGCUGGGACAGGUGGUGCGGUGCGAUGUGCGCUACGGUCUCAUCUGCAGGAACCACAGGCAGAAGUCAGGCCAGACCUGCCUCAACUACCACAUCCGAGUGCGCUGCUGUGACUACAGCCACUGUGCCAGCACCACCAGCGCCCUGCCCAGCUCCACACCCGUGCCCACACCCCACAGCACACUGUCCACGCCCAGCACCUUGUGGUCAUCAGUGGGGCCUAGGCCCUCGACAACAGCUACAACCUCCUUAGCCACCACCUCCUCAGUCACCACCUCCUCAGGCACCAGCUCCUCAGCCACCACCUCCCGAGCCACCAGCUCCUUCACCAGCACCUCCUCAGGCAUCACCUCCAUGGCCACCACAUCCUCUGCCACCACCUCCCCAGCCAACACCUCCUCAGGCACCAUCUCCACAGGAACCACCUCCCCGGUUACCACCUCUUCAGGAACUACCUCCACAGGAACCACCUCCCCAGUUACCACCUCCUCAGGAACUACCUCCACAGGAACCACCUCCACCACCUCCCUGGCCACCACCUCCUCAGCCACCAACUCCCCAGCCACCAGCUCCUCCACCAGCACCUCCUCAGCCACCACCUCUCCAGCCACUACCUCCAAGGGUACAACCUCCACGGGUUCUACCUCCAUAGCCACCACUUCCACAAGCACCACCUCCAGAGGCACAACCUCAACAGGAACCACCUCCUCAGCCACCACCUCGUUGGCCACCUCCUCUGUGGCCACAACUUCCACGGGCACAACCUCCACAGCCACCACCUCCCCAGGCUCCACAUCCACAGGAACUACCUUCUCAGCCACCACCUCCACAGUCACCCCCUCCUCGGCCACCACCUCCCUGGCCACCACCUCCUCAGCGACCACCUCCCUGGCCAGCACCUCCACGGCCACCACCUCCUCAGGCACUAUUUCCACGGGAACCACUUCCUUAGCCACCACCUCCCCAGCUACCAGCUCUUCCGCCAGCAGCUCCUCAGGCAUCACCUCCACAGUGACCACAUCCUUUGCCACCUCCACAACUACCUCCUCACCAGCCACCACCUCCUCAGCCACCGCCUCUCUGGCCACCAGCACCUCCCCAGGCAUUACCUCCACAGCCACCACAUCCUCUGCCGCCACCUCCCCAGCCACCACCUCCUCAGGCACCAUCUCCACAGGAACCAACUCCCCGGCCACCACUUCCCCAGUUGCCACCUCCUUAUCCACCACCUCCUCUGGCACCAUCUCCACAGGAACCACAUCCUUGCCCACCACCUCCUCUGCAAUCACCAAAAGUGUAAAAGUCUCCACCACACAGACAGGCACCACCUCCCUGGCCACCACCUCCCUGGCCACCACCUCCUCAGCCACCAACUCCCCAGCCACCAGCUCCUCCACCAGCACCUCCUCAGCCACCACCUCUCCAGCCACCAGCUCCUCCACCAGAACUACCUCCACAGGAACCACCUCCCCAGUUACCACCUCCUCAGGAACUACCUCCACAGGAACCACCUCCCCAGUUACCACCUCCUCAGGAACUACCUCCACAGGAACCACCUCCUCAGCCACCAACUCCCCAGCCACUACAUCCAUGGGCACAACCUCCGCAACCACCACCCCGACGGUCAACACGUCCACAGCCACCACUUCCUCAGCCACCAUCUCCACAGCAACAACCUUCUCAGCCACUACCUCCACUGAAACGACCUCCUCAGCCACCACCUCUCCAGCCACUGCCUCCAGGGGCACAACCUCCACAGGUUCCAUCUCCAUAGCCACCACUUCCACAGGCACCACCUCUUCAGGCACUACUUCCAUGGGCACCACCUCCUCAGCCACCACUUCCUCUGUGGCCACCACCUACUCAGGCUCCACCUCCAUAGCCACCACUUCCACGGGCACAACCUCCGCAGCCACCACCUUCCCAGGCUCCACCUCCUUGGCCACCACCUCCCUGGCCACAAGCUCCUUCACCAGUACCUCCACAGGCAUCUCCACAGCUACAGUGUCCUCUGUCACCUCCACAGCUGCCACCUCCUCAGGCACCAUCUCCACAGGAACCAACUCCCCAGCCACCUCCUUAGCCACCACCUCCUCUGGCACCAUCUCCCCAGGCUCCACCUCCACAGUCACCACCUCCUCAGCCACCACCUCCCUGCCCACCACCUCCUCUGCAAUCACCAAAAGUGUAAAAGUCUCCACCACCCAGACAGGCACCACCUCCCUGGCUACCACCUCCUCAGCCACCAACUCCCCAGCCACCAGCUCCUCCACCAGCACCUCCUCAGCCACCACCUCUCCAGCUACUACCUCCAAGGGUACAACCUCCACGGGUUCUACCUCCAUAGCCACCACUUCCACAGGCACCACCUCCACAGCCACCACCUCCCCAGGCUCCACCUCCACAGUCACCACCUCCUCAGCCACCACCUCCCUGGCCACAAGAUCCUUCACCAGCACCCCCACAGUCAUCACCUCCACAGCCACCAUGUCCUCUGUCACCUCCACAGCCACCACCUCCUCAGGCACCAUCUCCAGAGGAACCAACUCCCCGGCCACCACUUCCCCAGUUGCCACCUCCUUAGCCACCACCUCCUCUGGCACCAUCUCCACAGGAACUACCUCCCUGCCCACCACCUCCUCUGCAAUCACCAAAAGUGUAAAAGUCUCCACCACCCAGACAGGCACCACCUCCCUGGCCACCACCUCCUCAAAAACAGGCCACAAACCCUCCCUGGCAAGCAACCUUCCCGUGGCCCAAGCCACCUCCUUCAGCCAACCAAACUCCCCAGCCACCAGCUCCUCCACCAGCACCUCCUCAGCCACCACCUCUCCAGCCACUACCUCCAAGGGUACAACCUCCACGGGUUCUACCUCCAUAACCACCACUUCCACAGGCACCACCUCCAGGGGCACAACCUCAACAGGAACCACCUCCUCAGCCCCCACCUCCUUGGCUACCUCCUCUGUGGCCACCACCUACUCAGGCACCACCUCCAUGACCACCACUUCCACGGGCGCAACCUCCACAGCCACCACCUCCCCUGGCUCCACCUCCACAGGAACCACUUCCUCAGCCACCACCUCCCCUGCCACCAGCUCCUUCACCAGCACCUCCUCAGGCAUCACCUCCACAAUCACCACAUCCUCUGCUACCUCCAAAGCCACCACCUCCCCAGCCACCAUCUCCCUGGCCACUACCUCCACAGCUACCACCUCCUCAGGCACUACUUCCAGGGGAACCACUUCCUCAGCCACCACCUCCAGGGGUACAAUCUCCACAGGUUCCACCUCCAUAGCUACCAUUUCCACAGGCACCACCUCCUCGGCCACCAUUUCCCCAGUAACCACCUCCCUGGCCACCAGCUCAUUCACCAGCACUUCCUCAGGCAUCACCUCCACAAUCACCACGUCCUCUGCCACCACCUCCCCAACCACUACCUCCCUGGCCACCACCUCCACAGCUACCACUUCCUCAGGCACUACUUCCAAGGGAACCACCUCCUCAGCCACCACCUCCUCAGCCACCUCUGUAGCCACCACCUACUCAGGCACCACCUCCAUAGCCACCACUUCCACAGGAACCACCUCCUCAGCCACCACCUCCCCAGUCACCACUUCCUCAGCCACCACCUCCCCAGCUACCAGCUCUUCCGCCAGCAGCUCCUCAGGCAUCACCUCCAUGGCAAUCACAUCCUCUGCCACCUCCACAGCCACCACCUCCUCAGCCACCAACUCUCCAGCCACCACCUCCUUCACCAGCACCUCCUCAGGCAUCACCUCCACAACCACCACAUCCUCUGCCACCACCUCCCCAGCCAACACCUCCUCAGGCACCAUCUCCACAAGAACCAACUUCCCGGCCACCACUUCCCCAGUCACCACCUCCUUAGCCACCACCUCCUCUGGCACCAUCUCCACAGGAAUCACCUCCCUGCCCACCACCUCCUCUGCAAUCACCAAAAGUAUAAAAGUCUCCACCACACAGACAGGCACCACCUCCCUGGCCACCACCUCCUCAGCCACCACCUCUCCAGCCACCACCUCCUCAGGCAUCACCUCCACAGCAACCACGUCCUCUGCCACCUCCACAGCCACCACCUCCUCUGCCACCACUUCCCCAGCUACCACCUUCCUGGCCACCACCUCUCCAGUCACCUCCUUCUCAAGUACUACUUCCACGGGAACCACUUCCUCAGCCACCACCUCCCCAGCUACCACCUCUUCUGCCAGCACCUCCUCGGGCAUCACCUCCACAGCAACCAGAUCCUCUGCCACCUCCACAGUCACCACCGCACCAGCCACCACUUCCUCAAGCACCAUCUCCACAGGAACCAACUCCCCGGCCACCACUUCCCCAGUCGCCACCUCCUUGGCCACCACCUCCCUAGCCACCAGCUCCUUCACCAGCACCUCCUCAGGGGUCACUUCCAUGACCACCAAGUCCUCUGCCACCACCUCCCCGGCCACCACCUCCACAGCUACCACCUCCUCAGGCACUACUUCCAGGGGAACCACUUCCUCAGCCACCACCUCCAGGGGCACAAUCUCCACAGGUUCCACCUCCAUAGCCACCAUUUCAACAGGCACCACCUCCACAGCCAACAUCCCCAGGAUCAAGACCUCCACAGCCACCACUUCCCUGGCCACCACCUCCACAGCCACAUCCUUCUCAGUCACUACCUCCAUAGGAACCACCUCCUCAGCCACCAACUCCCCAGCCACUAUAUCCACAGGCACAACCUCCACAGCCACCACCCCCACGGUCAACACGUCCACAGCCACCACUUCUGCAGCCACCUCCUCCACAGCCACAACCUUCUCAGUCACUACAUCCAUAAGAACCACCUCCUCAGUUGCCACCUCCUCGGCCACCACCUACUCAGGCAUAACCUCCACAGCCACCACCUCCCCAGACACUACCUCCAUGGGAACAACCUCCCUAGGAACCACCUCCACAGGAACCACCUCUCCAGCCACCACCUCCCAAGCUACCACCUCCAGGGGCACAACCUCCACGGGUUCCACCUCCAUAGCCACCACUUCCAUUGGCACAACCUCCUCAACCUCCAACUCCCCAGCUACCAGCUCUUCUGCCAGCACCUCCUCAGGCAUCACCUCCACGGUGAUCACUUCAUCUGCCACCUCAACAGCUACCGCCUCCCCAGCCACCACCUCCCUGGCCACUACCUCUCCAGGCACAACCUCCUCAGGAACCACCUCCCUAGCCAGCAACUCAGUGGGCACAACCUCCAUAGGUUCCACCUCCAUAGCCACCACUUCCACCAGCACAACCAAAAUGAGAACCACCUCCCCAGCCACCACCUCCAAUGGCACAACCUCCACGGGAGCCACCUCCAUAGUCACCACUUCCACAGCCACCACCUCGCUGGCCACCAGCUCUUCUUCAAGCACCUCUUCAGGCAUCACCUCCACAGCAAUCAUGUCAUCUGCCACCUCCACAGCCACCACCUCCCCAGCCACCACCUCCACUGGCACAACCUCCACAGGUUCCACUUCCGUAGCCACCACUUCCACAGGUACAACCUCCACAGAAACCACCUCCCCAGGCACAAUCUCUACCGGAACCACCUCUCUGGCCACCACCUCCAUUGGCACAACAUCCGCAGCCAUCACCUCCACAGCCACCACCUCUCCAGCUACCAGCUCCUCUGCCAGCACCUCCUCAGGCAUCAUCUCUACAGCGAUGUCAUCUACCACUGCCACAGCCACCACCUUUCCAGCCACUACCUACACAGCUACCACCUUCUCAGUCACUACCUCCACAGAAACCACCUCCUCAGCCACCACCUCCCCAGCCACCACCUCCCCAGCCACUACCUCCAAGGGCACAAUCUCCACGAGUUCCACCUCUACAGCCACCACUUCCACAGGAAAAACCUCCCUGGCCACCACCUCCCCGGCUACCAGCUCCUCCGCCAGCACCUCCUCAGGCAUCACCUCCAUAGCCAUCACCUCCCCAGCCACCACCUCCACUGGCACAACCUCCACAGGUUCCACCUCCAUAGUCACCAUUUCCCCAGGUACAACCUCCACAGAAACCACCUCCAGGGGCACAACCUCUGCCGGAACCACCUCUCUAGCCAUCACCUCCAUUGGCACAAUAUCCACAGCCACCACCCCCUCAGGGACUACCGCCACAGGAACCACCUUCACAGCCACCAGCUCCCCAGCCACCACCUCCACAGCCACCACCUCCCCAGCUACCAGCUCCUCUGCCAGCACCUCCUCCGCCAUCACCUCCACGGUGACCACAUCCUCUGCCACCUCCACAGCCACCACCUCCACAGCCACUACCUCCAUGGGCACAACCUCCACAGGAACCACCUCCAUUGGCACAACCUCCAUAGGUUCCACCUCCAUAGCUACUACUUCCCCAGCCACCACCUCUAUGGGAACCACCUCUCCAUCCAUCACCUCCAUGGGCACCACCUCUACAGCCACAACUUUCUCAGUCACCAGCUCCACAGGAACCACCUUCUCAGCGACCACCUCCCCGUCCACCACCUCCAGGGGCACAACCUUCACAGGUUCCACCUCCAUAGCCACCACUUCCACAGCCACCACCUCCCCGGCCACCAACUCCAGGGGCACAACCUUCACAGGUUCCACCUCCACAGCCACCACCUCCCCGGCCACCACCUCCAGGGGCACAACCUCCACGGGUUCCACCUCCAUAGCCACCACUUCCACAGCCACCACCUCCCCGUCCACCACCUCCAGGGGCACAACCUUCACAGGUUCCACCUCCAUAGCCACCACUUCCACAGCCACCACCUCCCCGGCCACCACCUCCCCGGCCACCAACUCCAGGGGCACAACCUUCACAGGUUCCACCUCCACAGCCACCACCUCCCCGGCCACCACCUCCAGGGGCACAAUCUCCACAGCCACCACCUCCCUGGCCACCACCUCCACAGCUACUACCUCCUCAGGCACUACUUCCACAGGAACCACCUCCCCGGCCACCACCUCCUCAGCCACCACCUCCCCAGGCACAACCUUCAUGGGCACAACUUCCACAGCCACCACUUCCCUGGGUACCACCUCCCCCUCUACUACCUCAUUGGCUACCAGGUCAUCUUCGGUGACAAGACCCUCAACCACAGCCACCACCUCCCCUCCAAUCACCCAAAGGGUCAUCUCCACCACCCAGAGGAACCUGAACUUCUCUGUCCCCAGCCCCUCAAACCUGCCGGCCUCCACCACCAGCCUCUUCCACACCACAGGGAAGCCCACCUCUGGGACCCUGACUACGUCCACCAGGCCACCCUUGACCAGCACCCCACACACGGCCCCCCUGCUGACCUCCAGCUCCGGGCGCACCACUGGCACCACCCUCCCCUCCAGCCGUCCCACUCCCAGCAAGGGCUGUGCGCCUCGGUGCGCCUGGACAGACUGGUUCGAUGAGGACUACCCCAUCCCUGGCCCCGAUGGCGGGGACUUUGAGACCUAUGCGGUCAUCCGCGCAGCUGGCCACACCUUCUGUGAGCACCCCCAGGACAUCCAGUGCCGCUCCGAGAAGAAGCCGGACAAGCCCUUGGAGGCGGUGGGGCAGGUGGUGUACUGCGACGUGCGUUUUGGGCUGGUGUGCAGGAACCGCGACCAGCUCGGGCCCGUGAAAUACUGUGACAACUUCCACAUGCGCCUGCUGUGCUGUGAUGACUACAGCCACUGCGCCAGCACACCCACGGCUACCGGCUCCACGGCAACCCCCUCCUCUGCCCCCUGGACCACUCACACCGCGGUGGUUUCCCCGAGCAGCCUGCCAGCUUCCAGCACGUCCACCAGGUCCACUUCGGUCAUCACCACCCUCAGGCCCACCAGCUCCCCCAGCUCCUCCUUCUCCCAGACGCCCUGCUUCUGCCAGGCAUUCGGACAGCUGUUCUCCCCUGGGGACGUCAUCUACAAUAAGACUGACAGAGCUGGCUGCGAGUUCUACGCCGUCUGCACUGAGCACUGUGACAUCGAACGUUUCCAGGGGCACUGUCCCACCUCCCCACCACCGGCACCCUCUACUCCCCUGCCUCCCACCUCUCCACCCCCUGGCUGUGAUAACGCCAUCCCUCCCCGACAGGUGAAUGAGUCCUGGACCCUGGAGAACUGCAUGGUGGCCAGGUGCGAGGGUGACAACCACAUCGUCCUGCUCCCACCCAAGCCGGUAGCCAACGUCACCUGUGUCAACGGGCAGCAGCCCCUCAAAGUGUGGAACCAGAGCCAGCCCUGCGACUUCCACUACGAGUGCGAGUGCUCCUGCAGCGGGUGGGGCGACUCCCACUACCUGACCUUCGACGGCACCUCCUACUCCUUCCUGGACAACUGCACCUACGUCCUGGUGAGAGAGAUCCACCCGCGCCACGGGAACCUCACCGUCCUCCUGUACAGCCACUACUGUGGGCCCUCAGCCCCCGCCUCUGCCACUGGCUGCCCCCGCGCCCUCAGCAUCCACUACGAGUCCAUGGACAUCGUCCUCACCACCACCACCGUCCGCGGGAAGGAGGAGAGCCUGAUCCUCUUCGGCCGCGUGCGGGUGACCAGGGGCUUCACCAAGCGUGGCGUGAGCGUGUCCCUGACCGGCGCCGGCACCAUGGGCGUCGACAUUCCCGCCAUCGGCGCGAGCAUCACCUUUGACGGGCACAGCUUCCAGGUCCGGCUGUCCUACAGCCUCUUCGGCAACAACACGGAGGGCCAGUGUGGCACCUGCACCAACAACCAGAAGGACGACUGCCGCCGGCCGGAUGGCACCAUAGCCCCCACCUGCAAGGACAUGGCCAAGUCCUGGCUGGUCCCGGACGACAGCCCAGACGGCUGCUGGGCCCCGACAGGCGCCCCCCCGACCGCCAGCCCCAUGUCCCCAACACCCCACAGGCCCACGCCGACCCAGUGCCCCCCAGAGCCCCUCUGCGAGCUCCUGCUGAGCCCGGUCUUUGCCGAGUGCCACGGCCUCGUCCCGCCCGGCCCGUUCGUCAACGCCUGCAUCAGCGACGGCUGCCGCUCCAGCCACCCCGGGGUGCCCUGCCAGAGCCUGGAGGCCUACGCGGCACUGUGCCGCGCCCACGGCGUGUGCAGCGACUGGCGCAACGCCACUGGCGGGCUGUGCGACCUCCCCUGCCCGCCAGCCCAGGUGUACAAGCCCUGCGGCCCCGUGCAGCCUGAGUCCUGCGACUCCAGGAGCCAGAGCCCAGUGAGUGGGGGGCUGGCGGAGGGCUGCUUCUGCCCCGACGGCCAGAUCCUCUUCAACACGCUCAAGGACAUCUGUGUGCACACCUGCGCCUGCGUGGGACCUGACGGGCUUCCCAAACUGCCCGGCGAGCGGUGGGUGAGCCAGUGCCAGGACUGCGUGUGCGACGAGGGCUCGGUGUCCGUGCAGUGCGAGCCGAAGCGCUGCGAGCCCCAGGCCCAGCCCCCGACCUGUGACGGGGCCGGCGUGGUCGCCGUGACCAGGCCUCGGGCCGACGAGCCCUGCUGCCCCGAGACGGUGUGCGUCUGCAACACCACCACCUGCCCGCCCCCGAGCCCGCCCACCUGUGGGCCUGGGCAGGUGCCCACCCGCACCCAGGAGGAGGGCCAGUGCUGCCCCACCUUCGUCUGCACACCUAAGCUGUGCACCUACAAUGGCACCCACUAUGGGGUCGGCACAACCUUCCCAGGGGUCGUCCCCUGCCACACCUGCACCUGCCUCUCUGCGGACCCCCAGGACCCGACCGUGCAGUGUGAGGAGGAUGCCUGCAACACCACCUGCCCCCAGGGCUUCGAGUACGUGAGCGUGGCCGGACAGUGCUGCGGGGAGUGCGAGCAGCACGCCUGCCUCACGCCCGACGGCCAGCUGGUCCAGCCCAACGGGACCUGGGUCAACAGCCAGGUGGACAACUGCACCGAGUACCGCUGUGAAGUCGAGAACGGGCAACACGUGCUGAUCCCGCAGCCCUCGCCCUGCCCUGACGUGAUCAGCUGCAGGGGAACCCUGAGGAAAACUGGCUGCUGCUACUCCUGUGAGGAAGUGGACUCGUGUCAGGUCCACGUCAACACCACCGUCCUGCGGCAUGGGGACUGCGAGACCGAGGGGGUGGUCAACAUCACCUUCUGCGAGGGCUCCUGCCCCGGAGCGUCCAAGUACUCAGCGGAGGCCCAGGCCAUGGAGCACCAGUGCACCUGCUGCCAGGAGAGCCGGGUCCACGCGGAGACCGUGUCCAUGCGGUGUCCUGACGGCACGGCCAUCGUGCACACCUACACCCACGUGGACGAGUGUGGCUGUGAGCCAUCCUGUGUCCCCUUGCCCACAGCGCCCACAGAUGCCCCUGUCCUCCCAGUCUAGGGGCCCCCAUGCCCCUCCACCUGGAGCCAGGACAUGCAUCACUGACCAGGAAAACCUCAGGUGGCCUGUUCCACGGAGCCCACCCCACUGUGGCUCCCUCCACCUCUGUCACCUUCUGCUGCCCCGUCGAGGGGACGGGCACUCCGGGGGUGAUGGUCAGUGGGGCCCCCCGUGAGGAGGCCCCUGCACGGGCCCUGCCCUCACAGACCCUGUGGCCCGUCUCUGCCACCUGCCCUGCCCACAGGCCCUGCCCCUGCCCGGCCCACGCACCGAGGCUAGCCGGCCCCUGCAGCAGCCAGAGAGCAGACAGGCCAGUCUGGGCAAGGCCGGGCCCCACCAGGGAGCUGCGCCAGGCCAGGGGGCCGCCUGCCCACGCCUGCGGCGGGGAUCCCGGGGCUGAGGUCACGUGGCCGGGUCAGGGCGGGCUCAGCGCCCCAAUCACCCCUGUUCACCCAGCCCCGGUUUUGCUAAUAAACUCUGAGCAUCGUGCA